AAAAGGUCAACCUCAGACCUUGGUGGCCAAGAGAACAAGGCCAAAAAUAAAAAUAAAAUAAAAUACAGUACAAUACAAUACAACGUAAUCGAAUAACACAGAACUUGACGGCUUCCGGUCAACGAAUUGAGGAGAAAAUAUAUAUAGUCCUAGCGAUUAUGAUAACGAUUUAAAGAAUACUACGAUAGGGCUCCACGCGUCUUUGAUCCUGGGGGGCAUCUUGCGCAUUACUACCGUCGCGAUAAUUCAUUCCUUCGACGGCAGAUCCGAAAACAUAGAAGAAUAUUGGCUGGGUUUCUAAGGAGUGGGAGUUGGGCAUAAUGCCUCCAAAUAAUACCUAUGGUUCCAAUAAUUCAUCAAGUCCUCCUCAAUCGAUACCUUUACGAGAUUUAACCCGACCACCCGAUCCCGCAGAUUUAGGAGAUUUAAGAGAUGAAGCGCGGCCACUCACACGAGGGAGGAGUUUUCUGGGGGGUGGAGGCGUUCGUCCGAUGAGUAGCAGCACAAAUGCCGGCACCGGGUACGAAAGGCUAGAAGAUUUCUCUCCUAGUCCAGCGGACAGAUCACAGCGAACAGAUGGCUCGGCGGUGCCUUUGAGACUACAAGUACCUGUUGGAAGAGGACGUGAAGAUGACACACAAACACCUACCUCGCCGAUGGGAAACCCCGCAGAUUUUCAAGCCGCAAUGGGAUUCGCUGGCUUGAAUGUACCGGACAUCAGUCUAUCUCAUGCUCCCAGAGAAAGGUCCAUGUCUUUUGGAUCUGAACACUCUCUUACGCCUUAUGUAAAUUCUUAUGAGGACGUGGGGGAUAACGAUAAUUCUUAUUUUCCUUCCGAUUCUGAUCAGAUACCCUUGACGGAUUCGAACCACCUUCAACCAAUGAGCGGGGCACAACCUACUACUCCAGAUGGCCAGCGAAACGAUAGAUCCAGCUUUCAAUCCAUCAGCUUCCACUCACCAGGAUCAGAUUACAGAGGGUCUAGGCUAGGUGAUGAUCUUCCGCAUGCGGAAGCAGGUCUCUCAUCAUUUGGCACAAGGGCGAGAUCGCAAAGUUAUGGAGCCAGUCUGUCACCCACUGGGAAUAGAUCUAGAUCUCCAUCCAGCGCAGGGGCACUAUCCAGAGCUGGAUCGAUGGUGAGGGCUAUGUCACAACGUGUGGUUAAUCUCAGUGGUGAAGCUGAGCUUAUCGAAGAAAGUGCUAGAAGACAGGCACAUAGUAUCGAGGAACCAAUUAUGCCUUCACGUAGAUCAUACGAACCUAAUGUUGAAGAUACAGCUUACCGGCCGAAUACCAUGCUUCAUCCAUUUGAAAAGACUCCGGGAAGGACUUUGGAUGGACCUGGAACGGAUCAAUGGCAAGCACAGGCUGCUCCUAACCCUCUCAGAGGAAAGACCCUGGGCGUGUUUUCACCGGACAACAAGAUUCGAUUAAAACUUUGUGACCUUUUGGUUUAUCCGGUCACUGAACCAGCGAUUCUGGUAUUAAUCGUCAUACAGACCAUUCUCCUUGCCGUGGAUGCCGCCCCUUCUGUUUAUACUCACCCUCGGCGCGCUGACUGGGGCUCUAAAACGGACUAUGCUCUGCUGGGUCUUUUUACAAUUUUCACCCUGGAAUUAAUAGCACGUAUUAUUGUGUCUGGGUUUGUCGCCAACGCAGCUGAAUACAGCACCAUAGACCGCCAGCGUGGAGCUAGAGCGGCAAUUGUGGACAAGUAUCGAGCCAUAUUCGCGCCUCAGCGAAAAUCAUCUGUCAGAAGAGCACGUGCAUCAUCAUCUUCUGAGGAGACCACAAAUACACAACGACCUAUUGUCAAUACCUUCGCUCAUAUGCAAGCAAUGACCAGCACUGUUGAGCAAGCUCAACGGCUGCAAUUGGCCAGGAGAGCGUUCCUCAGACAUUCGUUCAAUCGACUCGACUUCCUAGCGGUUGUAUCUUAUUGGGUGGCGUUUGUCCUCAGCAUUCUUGGGGUGGAACAUACCUACCAUCUAUAUGUAUUCCGCAUGUUGAGUUGCUUACGUAUCCUUCGGUUGCUUGCACUUACGAGCGGUACUGCUGUAAGUUAUGUAUUGUUCUCGCUUCAUCUGCAUUUCUAACCACUACCUAGAUAAUUCUUCGAAGUUUGAAAAAAGCAACUCCUUUGCUACUCAACGUGUCUUUCCUCAUCGGCUUCUUCUGGCUCCUGUUUGCCAUUAUUGGUAUACAGAGUUUUAAAGGUAGUCUCGAUCGUCAGUGCGUAUGGAUUGAUCCCGAUGACAUCCAAAAUACCAAUAAUACAGCAUUUAUCAAUAGCCUUCAAUAUUGCGGAGGACAGUUUAAUAAGGACAACUCGUCCCAUGACCCCUGGAUGGUAUCCAGUUCGUCCAAUCCUCUCUACCCUUUAAUCCCUGGUACCGCUUCGUCUAAAGGUUACUUGUGCCCUGAAGGAUCUUAUUGUGUUCAACUUCCUCCCGACCUACUUCCUUUCAAUGGCACAGCGACCUUUGACAACAUAGGGCAGUCUUUGGAACUUGUAUUCGUUAUCAUGACAGGUAACACGUUUACCGACCUCAUGUAUUACACCACAGACUCCGACUAUCUUGCAGCCGCAAUCUUCUUUGCCGGCGGGAUUGUCAUUAUGAUGCUCUGGCUCAUGAACUUGUUAAUAGCCGUCAUUACUUCAUCUUUUCUGGUUAUUAGAGGGGAGGGUAAAGCAAGUGCGUUUGCUGCCCAAGCUGACGAUGAUCAUCGCGACACGAGUGCAGAUAUACUACGACCGGUGAGUAAGCUAAAGCAGAUGUACGACAAAACCUAUUGGCUGUGGAUUUUGAUUAUCGUCUAUGGCCUCGUAGUUCAAGCUCUCCGGAGUGCUAAUAUGUCAGACUCUCGUGCAAGAUUCAUCGAUAUCUCGGAGAUUGCGGUGACAUUUCUGUUGCUAAUUGAUAUCGCUUUGCGAUUCGCUUCCGAUUGGCGGGACUUCCACAAAAACAAGAGAAACCUAUUUGACUUGGGACUUGCGAUCAUUACGACGGUCAUUUUAGUGCCGCCCAUUCGAAAUUCAGGCCAACCUUAUGCUUGGCUCACCCUGUUUCAAAUCCUCAGAAUCUAUCGGGUUGUCAUGGGCGUCGAAAUAACGAGAUCCUUGAUCAUGUUGGUAUUGGGGAAUGCAAGUGGUAUUGGGAAUCUUGUCCUCUUCGUUUUUCUCAUUACUUUCUUGGUUGCUAUAUUCGCUGUUCAGCUGUUCCGUGGUGAUAUCCCGGCACAGGAUGCCGGGGGAAAUACUAUUACAGUUACUUUUGCCACAAUAUUCAACUCUUUCCUGGGCUUAUAUCAGAUCCUAUCGAGUGAAAACUGGACCGAUAUACUCUAUAAUGUCACCGGCAUAAAUAAUUCACGCAAUACUGGCUGGAUCGGAGCAACAUUUCUCAUUGGAUGGUUCAUUCUCGCCAACUUCAUUCUGGUGAAUAUGUUCAUAGCUGUCAUUCAAGAGAAUUUCGACGUUUCAGAAGACGAAAAGCGUAUGCAACAAGUGAAGGCUUUUCUCACCAGGAAAGAGGUUGAUACCUCUUCUAGCAACCUUGCAUUAUCGUCCAUUCUUCGGUUUGGUCGAUCUAAAGCGAAAAAAGAUCCUCUAGAUUAUGGACCAGCAACAAUGGAAAUGUUACUGAAGGAUGCAGUUGUGAAAGACUUUCUCGAUGACGAAAUUGUCCCGGGACAACACGAACACGCCGCGGAAAAUGCAGCUGCUGAGGCAGCCGGCGUGAAGCCGGGGCUAUUAUCCUCUAUUUGGGGUAACUUCAUGUCUAGACUUUGGAACAGAGAACCGAAUCCGUUCUAUUCUAAUAUAUCAUUCUCUCUCAAGUCUGACGACUCCCAAGGCACCAGGGCAAUGGCAAAGGAAGCCGUCUCGGCCUCAUCACAACGCAAGAAAGCACAACGAGAAUAUUUGGCCAAACACCCUUCUUACAAUAAUGCAUUGUUCAUAUUCAAGCCUAAUAAUCCCAUCAGGAGACUUUGUCAGAGAUGCGUCGGACCUGGACGGGGGAGUGAACGUUUUGAUGGCGUAGAGCCUAAUUUGUCAAUUUGGUAUGGCUUUUCGGCAUUCUUAUAUAUAUGCAUUGUCGCAAUGGUGUUGUUGGCAUGUAUAACAACACCUCUAUACCAAAGAGAAUACUUUAUAGCCAACCCAGGUAGGUCGACUGGGAAUAAUUGGUUUGUCUUUUGUGAUUUCAUCUUCGGUUUAAUUUUUACCGUCGAGGCUCUUAUAAAGGUCAUCGCAGAUGGAUUCUUUUGGACUCCGAAUGCAUACUAUAGAAGUACUUGGGGUUUCAUAGAUGGCCUAGUGCUUGUUACCUUAUGGAUCAACGUCAUUACCUCACUAAUGGAUGAUGGCGCGAUCGCACGAGCAGUUGGAGCGUUCAAAGCCUUGCGAGCUCUUCGAUUGCUUAACGUCAGCGACAGUGCUAGAAACACAUUUCAUUCUGUGAUUCUUGUCGGUGGUCUCAAAGUUCUUUCGGUAAAAAUUCUUUACAUGUUACUUUAAAUGUUUGCUAACAUGCUAUAGGCUGCCUUUGUUUCUAUGUCUCUCUUGAUCCCUUUUGCAAUCUACGGCGUGAACCUUUUUAACGGCCAGUUGGAGACGUGCAAUGACGGUGACAUCACUAAUCUGACUGAUUGCUCUGGCGAAUAUUACAGUCAACCAUUUAGUGGUGAUUGGAACGUCGUCUCGCCCAGGCAGGUAGGAAAUCCUUGGUACGAUUUUGAUAAUUUUGGAGCUUCCCUGUUUAUACUUUUCCAAAUCGUAUCCCAAGAAGGUUGGGUCGAUGUAAUGUUUGAGACAAUGUCCAUUACCGGUCGUGGGCUUAAUCCAGGUGAUCCGACCUCCACGGAGUUCAAUGCAGUUUUUUUCGUCAUUUUCAAUCUCCUUGCUACGGUUUUCAUCCUUACUUUGUUUAUCUCCGUUUUUAUGCGAAAUUACACAGAACAAACCGGGAUCGCAUUUUUGACAUCAGAUCAGAGAUCUUGGGUUGAGUUGCGGAAACUUCUAAGGCAGGUUUCUCCAUCUAAACGUCCUUUCUCCAAGGACCUACAUUGGUGGAGAGAUUGGUGUUACAAAAGAGCCACUCGAAAGCAUGGAAAGUGGCACUCGACUAUGACUUUAACUCUUGUCUUUCAUCUCAUUCUACUGGUAGUGGAGUUCUAUCCCGAGCCAAAGACCUGGGAUACAACCAGAGACUAUAUAUUCUUAGCUUGCACAGUAUUUUAUACUCUCAACGUUAUCGUCCGUAUCGUCGGUUUGACCUGGCCCCGAUUUAGACGAAGUUCUUGGGACAUGUUCUCAAUUUUCGCUGUCUUCGGAACCCUAGUUACCACAUUACUCCUUUUGACCAACUUCAACUCUCAGGUAUAUGUUCAGCUACAUAAGUUGUUCCUUGUCGCCAUCGUUCUACUUUUAAUUCCUCGAAACGAUGCAUUAGAUCAGCUAUUCAAAACAGCAGCUGCCAGUUUGACAGCCAUUGGAAACUUAUUGGCAACUUGGUUUGUCUUGUUUAUGGUGUUUGCUAUCGCUAUGACUCAAACCUUUGGACUCACUCGAUUUAGUACCCAAGGGACCGAUAAUCUCAACAUGCGAACUGUACCAAAGACACUCAUUAUGCUGUUUCGAAUGUCUUGUGGAGAGGGUUGGAAUCAAAUUAUGGAAGAUUAUGCGACUGUCACACCUCCAUUCUGCACACAAGGUGAUACUUUCUUUGACAGCGACUGCGGAAGUCCCACAUGGUCGCGAGUAUUGUUCAUUUCGUGGAACAUCGUGAGCAUGUACAUUUUCACCAGUUUGUUUGUGUCACUUAUCUAUGAGAGCUUCAGUUAUGUCUUUCAAAGAUCAAAUGGCUUAUCUAAAGUCAGUCGUGAUGAAAUUAGGCGCUACAAGGAGGCUUGGGCUACUUUAGAUCCGGACGGUACAGGAUUCAUUGAAAAAGAACACUUUCCAAGGUUGUUGGGUGAACUCUCUGGUGUUUUUGAAAUGCGUGUAUAUUCACAAGAAGAUUCGGUUCGCAGAAUUCUUGAAGAUAUACAAGCAGAACCGACCAAUGGAAGGUUGAAUUCUAUUUCGAGCCCAAGCGCAUCUAGUGGUAUUGAUUUAAAGAAAUUGAAUGAAAGGAUUUCUCAAAUCGAUGUUGGACGAGUACGACGAGAUAGAGCUCGAUUUAAUCUUUUCUAUGAAGAGGUUUUGGUAUCUGCGGACCCUGAUCGUGGUAUUUCUUUUACGACUGUAUUGAUGGUUUUGGCUCAUUACAAUGUCAUUAGUGAUAACAAGAGCUUAAAGUAAGUCGUUUGAAUGAUGUAUUGUAUGAUUUAACUAAUAUUGGAAUAGGCUUGAGGAAUUCCUACGUCGUCGUGCACGUCUACAAAGAGUCGAAGAAGAAGUUCGAAGGCGGGUUGUGGUUGGAUUUUUCGAUACUAUGUAAAUUUUCUAGGUUCUUCUUGAGGUAAAUUGCUAACAUAAAUAUAGGUACUGGUCAAGAAGAUUCAGGAAACACAUGGAAAGGAAGAGAUCUGGCCGCAUGACAGAUAUCCCACAAUUAGGACCAGAAGUUUACGUCGACGAGGUAGAACCAUCUACCAAAAAGCACAAAGCAUCCACAUCAAUCAGCGGAUCCCUACUAUCCCCAACAGAUAUCACGGAUUCUCGAAACUCCUUCAUAACACAUGGACUCGAUGGUUCACCUUUAAGACAACGUCGCGGUACAGAUGCAUCAAUUAAUACAGCCUUCCCAUCAAUGUCCUCGGCUGUAAGUCCAACCCUUAGUCCACUUCAAGCACAUAGUGCAGGAUCGGCAUUUUCGUUCGAAGGUGUGAGUAUGGGUGAUGGAGCAGCUGCGGCGGGUAUUAGUAGUGUGGCGAGUAGUAGGAGGGGUAGUGCGGUUAGUGCGGUUAGUGCGGAAAAUGUUUUGGAGGUUUUGGAUAAUUCGGUUUGGGGUGAGAGUAUUAGGAGGAGUUUUACGAUGAGGAGACCGGGUAAGAGGAAUAGUGAGUGAGAGGAUGGUGGGGGUGGAGGUGGAUUAUUUUGAUAAUGGGGUUUAUGUUUAAUAUUUGAGAAUGAGAAUGAGGGAAUAAUUCUAAGGUUCAUGUGUUCACUGGUUGAAACUUGAAACUUGAAGCUGGGGAAUAGAGAAGAAGAUAGAAAGAGAGAAAGAAAGAAAGAAAGAAAGUCAAUCAAUCACGACAGGACUCGGAUUUGAAAAUAGCUGGCUGGUAAGGGGUGGGUGGCAUCAGAGGAACCUAACCUGGUCUGGUCUGAUCUGAUCUGGUCUGUUGGCUAGGCUGAGGAAUCAGUGGCGCAUGUGAGGAGUUUAUAAAGAGGGAGUAUUUUAAAACAGUGUUUUUGAAAGAAAGUUUUUUGAACUUUUUUAAACGUUUUUGUUUGUUUGGAUAAAUAUUUAUUUAG